GCGCAGGGAACCUCACUGUCUUCACUGGAUUAUACAAACCAAAAGUGUCCUCAACUCCUCCUCCUUCUCAGUUGCUUACAUGCUGAUCUUACUGCAUGCGGGACGAACAACAACAGCAAAUGCUGUAUAUGACAGGACAACCACCUCAUUUGUCAGAACAAACCUUUGAGUUGAUUUUUACCCAAGCUGAAGCCUACUGAAAUUGGACAUUUUUGGUGUGCGAGUGAUGACAAACUGUCGUGGAGGAGGUGAAGAGACGUGGAUGAAGAUAUAACCACUUGCAGAAUCUGAAUCGUCAUUUUAGUCGUUCCUCCCAGGCAUUUCGGGAUUAUAUAUUUUUUUAUUCUUCGGCGAUGCAAUAACGGAUUUGUGUGUGUGUGUGUGUGUGUGUGUGUGUGUAAUGACCGGCAGCAGUCAUGCUCCAAAACUGAUUUCUGAAAAGACAAGAAAGAAAACUGAAAUCUUACACUGACAAAUGCAUGUCCAAAAUGUGGUAACUGAAAGUUACUCACGAAGAAAUAGGAGGGUCCAGUGUCACACAUGUAGAGGGGCUUCAGUAGCUGGUAUGUCCUCAAAGCUCCGGAAUGCUCUCAUAGGCUAAACCGAUCUGUACUGGGUGCAUGUUUUGCGAUCUCAUACUCCGAUGCAUUUAAAAGAAUCUAUCAGAAUACGGAGUUGACAUUUCUGAUAAACGAACACCGUUUAGACCGAUCAGAUCCUCCAAACGGGAAAUAUUUAAUGAGAGCGAGAGAGGUCAUAUGAACUGCACAGGGCUAGAAGUGCGUCUCACGGAAAUCUUGGGUUGCAGAUCUGACGGAAACACGUGCUAUUCGGUCUCAUCUGCGGCAACGAUGCUUUUCCACGGUCUGCCUGGAGGCGAGAUGCAUGGUGUUAUGGAAGAAAUGGAGCGGAGAGGAAAGAGCGAUUCGGCGACUAUCAGCUCGGCCAUAGAUAUGGGGGAAACAGAGACGAACAUGCCUUCGAUCAGCGGGGACCGGGUGGCACUGUGCGCGGGCUGCGGAGGGAAGAUCUCUGACCGCUAUUACCUGCUCGCCGUGGACAAGCAGUGGCACAUGCGCUGUCUGAAGUGCUGCGAGUGUAAACUCAACCUGGAGUCUGAACUCACCUGCUUCAGCAAAGACGGAAGCAUCUACUGCAAAGAAGACUAUUACAGAAGGUUUUCGGUGCAGAGAUGUGCCCGGUGCCACCUCGGGAUCUCGGCCUCGGAAAUGGUCAUGAGGGCCAGGGAUUUGGUGUACCACUUGAACUGUUUCACCUGCACGACUUGCAACAAAAUGCUGACGACUGGGGACCACUUCGGCAUGAAAGACAGUCUGGUGUACUGCAGGCUACACUUUGAAACGCUCAUCCAGGGAGACUUCCCCUCGCAUUUCAAUCACACGGAUGUAGCGCCUAAUAAAGGACUGGGCAGCACGGGCCCUCUAGGACUGUCUUAUUAUAACGGCGUGAACACGGUGCAGAAGGGCCGGCCCCGAAAGAGGAAGAGCCCUGGGCCCGGAGCGGACUUGGCGGCUUAUAAUGCAGCAUUGAGCUGCAACGAGAAUGACGGCGAUCCCAUGGACAGAGACUCGCAGUACAGCACUAGCCAGAAGACCAAGCGCAUGAGAACGUCAUUUAAACACCAUCAGCUGAGGACCAUGAAGUCGUAUUUUGCCAUCAACCACAAUCCUGACGCCAAGGAUCUGAAACAGCUGGCCCAGAAAACAGGCCUCACCAAGCGCGUCCUACAGGUCUGGUUUCAGAACGCUCGGGCCAAGUUCAGACGAAACCUCCUGCGUCAGGAGAACACAGGUGUGGACAAGGCCUCGGAUGGGUCGACCCUGCCUGGAGGAACGCCGUCCGGACCGGCCUCGGAGAUUUCCAACGCCUCCAUGAGCCCAUCCAGCACUCCUACGACCCUCACAGACCUGACCAACCCCACAAUGCCCACCGUCACCUCUGUACUGACCUCCGUCCCGGGCAGCCUGGACGUUCACGAAUGCCGGAGUCCAUCGCAGAGCACCUUAACCAGCCUCUUCUGAUGCUCAGAAUGCUCAGCACCUUCAUCUGCUUCCUCCAUUCGUGGAGCCACCUAAAUCAGAAAUAAAGCGUGAGCAUCGCUGAUCAUGCUAGUCGUUCACAAACUACAUCUGUCUGAAACAUAAACCGAUCUACCUGGGCAUUUUUGUACAGGCCAGGAACUUUACAAACGUGGCCGUUCCAAUUCAAAAGACUAAAAAAACGAGACAUGAAAGAGAAACUCUUUGUUUAGAGUAUUGCAUUUUGGGGCAGACUCAAGUUUCACUGAAGGAUCUGUUGAUAAGAGACCGCUUUGCAUUUUAUUUUCAUUUUUUUUUUUCAUGUUUUCCCCCAACCAUGUUUACAGAGAGAGACUGAGCUGGGAAAUGCAUUCGUUUGUCAACCUCUUAUUUAUGUUCAUGCACAGGAGUCAGUGUGAGGAAACUGGAUUAUAAUGUGAAUAAUUACAGCGUAACCUAGCCUGACUGUCACGUGCCUUAUCCUGCAGUGUAGUCACUGAAGCCCCUUUAGCAACGCUAAAUGAACUACAUCAGAAAAUGUGUACUUUCAUUUGUCGGAUGAUGAAAAUGGUUGAGUAAAUCACAUGUGCACAAACACGCACACACACAAACACACGAGGAAGAGCUGAUCAUAUAGCCUACUCUCAUUCCAACAUAUUACCUCACUCAGAAAUCACUGGAUAUGAUAGCAGUACAUAUGAAACCUGAGAACACGCUUCAUGCACUGGGAGAGAAAACGGCUGUGGAGAGUUUGUACAAAGAAAAACCUUGAUCGGAGGAGCGCCAUGUAAUGGAGCUCAUCACAAACAAACACUGAUUUAUGGAAUGAAACAUUUUUUUUUUUUCCUCAUUCGGUUAGAUGAUUUUUUUUUUUUUUCUCAACCAUUAAGAUGUGACAGUGUUGGAGACAGGGUAAAUGUUUCCAUGGUAACCAGAGGCUGCUUGUUGAAAUGCUGUACAGUUUUGACAGAUUAUUGAGAAAUUUCGAGUC